AUGAUGGAGCUCCUCAGCCUUGAUGAUUUUAAGGAUACAAAGAUUGAUCCCAAUUGGGGUCCUUUUGAUUACUUGCUGCACGUACUCCAUGUUGACCAACAGAAAUUGCAGAAAAGCCAGAAUGCACCCCCACCACCUCCAACCCUUUGCAAACAAGACCAUACGGGUUUCAAGCUGAGGUCCAAGUUCAACAACAGCGUUGGACUGAAAAGGAAACGCAAUCUCAAAGCAGUAGAAAAGGAAGACGAUGGCGAUCAGGUAGCACCAAAACUGAAGCCGAAGAGAAUCAAGAAGCAAGAGAAAUCCGUUUGCCCAAUCCCACCACCAGACUUGCCUCCCCUAUUCAGACAACUCAUAGUUGAAGAGAUGGGUGGUAGGGGUUUGGUUCUGGUCAUACAAAAGACCAUCUUUUUCUCCGACAUAAACCCUACUGCCAGUCGUUUCUCCAUACCCUUCUCGCAAGUCAAAACUCAUGACUUUCUCAACGAGGCAGAGGCUAAAGAGUUAGAUGACAAAAACUCCAUGCAGGUGUGGUUGUUAGACCCAUCCAUGAGGGAAACAAGCAUUACAUUGAACAAGUGGGUUAUGGGAUCAAGUUCGCUCUAUGUCCUCACUAACACGUGGAACCCUGUUGUGAAGAACAACCAACUCAAGAAAGGCGACAUGGUGCAGCUCUGGUCUUUUCGGGUGAAUUCCCUGCUGUGCUUCGCACUCGUAAAGCUCUAG